UGACAGGACCCAGUGUGAACCUGAACCAGCAGCCAGGACGGUCUGGCAGCUUUGAAGGCGUUUUACCGUCUUUCCAACAGCCAUUCAAAUGUGGUUAAUGGCUUUAUCAGUGCCGCUGCUUCCCGCCAUCGUCAUGUUGUACAGCCGCUACCGUGUGAAAGUUGCCACGCUGUGCCAGCGAGCUCUGGCCUGGGCGCUGAGGCUGACGCGAGGGCGAGUGUGCGUGAAAAGCACCCACGCCUUUGUGUUCACCAACUGCACCCACGGCAAAGUCGACAGCGUCCUGGAGACCUUUGACCUUUACGCUCAGACGCACUCGACUCUCUGCAUCGGCCCAGAGAUCCGUGAGGUGCUGGAUGAGGCGGUGAGGCGUGUCCGACCGCUGAGGGUGCUGGAACUGGGCACCCACUGCGCCUACAGCUCCGUCCGCCUGCUGCGACUGCUGCCCCCUGCUGGCAGACUGAUCACAGUGGAGCUGGACCCAGUGACAGCAGAUCUGGGGGAGGAAAUCAUACUGGUGUCUGGCUUCAAACACUCCCAGUUUCAGGUACUAACAUGCAGCUCAGCUGAGGCCAUCCCAAGACUGCGCUCACUUCUUGGGCCCGACGCAGGGACCAGUGAGGGCUUCAAUCUGGUGCUAAUGGACCAUGAUCCCCAGCAGUACCUCCCAGACCUGCUGGCUCUGGAAAGAGAGCAGCUCCUCUGCCCCUCUGGCUGCUCUGUGCUGCUGAUCAAAAGAAACCAAGGAGCCGAUGACCUCAGAGGAAUCCUGGAUCACAUCAGAGGAAGGACAGAGUGCUACAGCAUCAAGACGGAGCUGCAGUGUGUGAUGGAGAUCUUUUACCGAAAGUAAAUACAAGGAUGAAGGGUGACAGCAAAGUCUGACAUGUGGCUGUGUGCUUAGUUUUUAUGGACCGAUAGUGUUAAACAUUUCACCAUCUCUAAUGUUGAAGUUUGAGAUGAAGAUUUUAUAACUAAUGAAACAAGUGAUCUGUUUUAUAAUACUGUAUGUAUAACUGGAAUUGAUUUGUGGCAGGAAAGAAGCACAAUAUCUAAAUUUAAACAUUU